AUCGACCGAGUCUUCUCUUGUUUCCAUGGAGGGAUUGUUGCCGGCUCCGGCUUCUGCCCUUUGACCCUGACUCGUCCUUGACACUGCUCGUGGUUCCUGGAUAUUCCUGGAGGAACGGAGCCGGCACCGGGCGAUGGCCAGAUACUUGGUUCAGAUCAUCAUCGUUGGAGCCCAAGUGGUGGGGAGAGCAUUUGCUCGGGCAGUGAGGCAGGAAAUGGCUGCAAGUAAAGCUGCAGCAGAAGCUCGUGGCCAAGCUGGUCGGCAUCCAGCAGCCACCAACAUCAACGGAAUGUCACUGCAGGAAGCACGGCAGAUUCUUAACGUGACAAAGCUCAAUACAAAGGAGAUCCAGCAGAACUAUGAGCAUUUAUUCAAAGUCAAUGACAAGUCAGUGGGUGGAUCGUUCUAUUUGCAGUCCAAGGUAGUGAGAGCAAAGGAACGACUUGAUGAGGAACUAAAAAUUGAAGAAAUGGAUCAAGCAAGAAAGGAACAGACAAAACAGCCUGAGACAUGACUCUCAGAAAACCUCAGUUUCACGUUUUGUUUAAUUGUUUACUCAUACCUGCAUAAACUACAUGAAAGUCAAACAUUUGCAGUCCUUGUUUGAAUGGGGACAGGAACCAGCUUUGGUAUUAACAAUGGAUCCAAGGACUGGGAUGGGUACCAGCUUUGGAUUGAAGUAACUGGGCUAGAUAGCAGCUGUGAGAAUGUAUCAGCACUUAAAUACCAGUUUCCAUUGGUAUUAGCCAAACCCUGAACUAGUUGUGAAUCAUGUACUUAGGGUUUUGUGUGGAAGAAAUAAUUUAAUACAGCAGUGGUGCUGAUGCAUGGAGGUUGCCCAUCGUAAACUACACACAACUGCUUUGCAUUGAACAUGCAGGUCCGAUUAAAUGUUUCUUGUGCGUUAUAACAAAGAAAUGGAACUCGCCUUGGUCUUCAGUCACUUUCUGUUUGAAUGGCAAAUAAUGCAACUGGAUACUUGGUUUGAAUUUAUAUAGAAAGAACAGUCAGCUCUAAUCUUGCCUCACAUCUUGACCUCCUGAAACACUGAAGAGACUCAUUGCAGCUGGAUGCAUGGUGAAAAUUAAUUAUUUUUAAUUUUUAAAAAAUUCUGUAAUAUCAUUUUGAAAAUGUCUUGUAUCUGAUUGUAAAUAAAAAUACAUUUACAGUAA